AUGGCGAACAACGCAUUGAGCGUGAAAAGCAAGACUGCUGGCUCGAACCAUUCACUCCGGGGUGCUCCCUCGAACUCACCUACGAUCCGACCGCCGACACGCUCCGCCAAACCGUCCCCGUAUCAGUCUGCCUUGUCGCUCCAAACAGUAAUUGGCACAACGACAACUACACCUAAUGGUUUCUCAUUCCACGAUCAAAGCAACUCGUUUGCUUUUUGUGCUGGGUCUGCUGGUGUAUUGGCAGAGUUGGACGAAGACAAUAACGCGAAUCAGCGUUUUUUCCGCGCACGGCCGACAGCCAGCAGCAUCAACCCGGUGAUCUCAUUUUAUAACCAAUGUACACCCCCGGCUACGCCUGAUGCUAGAACAAGAUCUCUACCAGGUAUAAAAGCCACACCCCAUAACGGUAGCUAUAAUGGCUCACCGUCAAUGGAAAUAGUGGACUCCAGCCCUCGUGCAUGGUCGUCGAGGGAAAGGGUAAAGGCGGUUACCUGUGUGGCCAUAAGCCCGAAUGGAAGGUUUCUUGCUCUAGGAGAGACGGGCUAUAACCCUCGAGUCCUGGUUUUUUCAACAGCCAAAGACGCACCUUCAGACAUCCCGCUCACAAUCCUCACGGAUCAUUCAUUUGGCGUUCGUGCCCUUGCAUGGAGUCCGAACUCGCAGUAUCUAGCAACCCUCGGGGAUGUGAACGAUGGGUUCCUUUUCGUAUGGUCCGUCAGCCUCAAAAAUGGCUCAGCGAAGCUUCAUUCAACGAACAAAUGCACAACCGUUGUUCGUGACAUGACUUGGUUAGGCCAAGCUUUAAUCACGGUGGGAGUUAGACAUGUGAAGGUUUGGAGACUUCCCGACAUCAGGCCGGUUUCUCCGUCGAAGUCUCGCACAAAUACCGGCGACGCUCCCAAUAUAGCCACGCCAAAGGCUCUUUCUGGAAGGAACUGUGUAUUGCAUACGCUGGCUGACAGCACAUUCACUAGCGUUGUCGGCAUCUCUGAUUCCGAGGCUAUCGUUGGCACUGAUAUGGGAGCACUCUGUCUUAUUGAUGAUAACGAUGGAACUGCUAAGCUUACUCUAAUUCAGUACGUCGGAUUCAGCAUCACGUCACUCACAGCCGACUCAGACCGUGCUUGUAUAUGGAUAGGUGGGCGUGGCAGACGUAUGCGAAGGCUUCCUUUUGAGUCGCUACGACCGUCGAGCAACCUUCCGUCUCCACGCACGCUUAAUCGGCUGUCUGCGGAGAUAAAGUCCAGGGGGCCAGCGAUUACUUGCAUUGGUUCUCUUUCAUCUCACCUUGUCACAGUGGAUGGUACCAGAGCAAUCAAUAUAUACCCUAUCGAAAAGCUUAAGGGCGAGGACGAACAAUGUAACCUGGGAGACACCAUGCCCGCUCAUAGGGACUCUGUUCUUGGUGUAGGACCACUGAAAACACCGAACUAUUUAGAGGCGGAUUUCUUUACUUGGUCUUGUCGUGGUGUUGUCAAGUUUUGGAACAUACAAGGCAAGUGCCGUGACUCACGGACCAUCCUUGCCGAGCCGCUUGCAGGCAGUGAGGAUGAUGCCGUAAAUGAGCUCAAGAUAUUACGGGCAACUACGGACAUGGGUCUGUUCUUUUCCGGCGACAAAGUCGGUGUUCUACGCGUGUUCCAGGGACCAAUGUGGGAGUGUGUGGGCGAAGUCAGAGCUCAUGGGGGGGAAGUCACAGACAUCGCAAUACUUGAAACUUCGGAUUCCUGCGUGGUUGCUAGCUCAGGCCGCGAUCGAAUGGUGCAGCUUUUCGAAAGGCGCAACGACAACCUUCAACUGAUUCAGACCAUGGAUGACCACGUCGGCGCAGUUAAUCAACUUCUUUUUGUAAACGGAGGAGAGAGGCUGCUGUCCUCAUCUGCGGAUCGUACAAUCCUGGUGAGAGAGCGCGUUACUCGCGACGAUGAAGGGGUCACUGCGAUCGCCUACUUGGUAUCAAAGGCAAUUACCUUGAGAUCAUCACCGGUAUCGCUGUCUCUAUCCCCAGAUGAUCCGGACACCCUCGUUUUCUCCACAGUGGAUCGCUGCGUACAUCAUUAUGAUUUGAAUUCUGGUCAUUAUAUCAACUCUUUCCGUGCGGCCGAUUCCGAGUCGAAUGAUACUGUAAUAAUGGGCUCGUUGACGGUAACCUCCGCUGUUUCUGGACAGAACCCUAGAUUACUCAUUGGGGCUUCUGGAACAGACAAAUCGAUCCGUGUAUAUGAUAUGGAAAAGGGUGCCCUUCUUACAGGCGAAUUCGGCCACACGGAAGGCGUCAGUGAUGUUCUGAUGCUGGAGAGAUAUUCCGAUGCAUCGAAAGAUUCACCAGAGCGGAUAUUGGUGAGCUCAGGCAUCGAUGGGGUGGUUAUGAUCUGGAACAUAUCAGUGCAAUUGCAACAGUCUCAGGAAGUUACACAUGCAGGCUCCAAUGACGAAGAGGAUAUUUCCUCAAAAGAGCCAAACCUGUCGAAGCCUCCUCUAAGAAAAGUACUGUCUCGGCAAGACCUCGCGGGGUACCAACGACCAGAGGGUUCAGUUCUGACUCCCACCCCGGCGCGUGAAGGGCCGGAGCAGUCCCCGCUUUUCUUGCGCAGACUAUCCAAGGUAUCUAUUGUCCCGACAAUGAAAAACGCGCACUUAGUGCCAGCAACACCUCCCUCUGCACCGCCUCGUCACUCACCCACAUCGUCAGUUCGCCCGGAGAGGUUGCGCAAUUCGCCGUCGCCGCCCAGCCCGAGAUCCACCGGCGCAAAGAAGACUCUAGAGUCACGCAACCACAACAAUAUCCGCUGUUCUUCCUUGGAUUUUCGGGCACGGUCUCGGGCGACCGGAAAGAGCGAAUUCGGAAGUUUAAACAUGUCCACUGAACAGGUCUGCCGCACCCUAAAAGCAUACAGAAAGAAGCUUAAUGGGUCGACUGAGCAUCUGCAUUCGCAAAAGGAGCUGGAGCGUGAGCUUGGCCUCACGUUGCGCAUUCUUAGCUCUCGAGCGAAGAAAGCUGAAGCUCACAAGGCCGAGAUGGAGACCGACAGCAGCGGAAAAGAAAAUGAGAGGAUACCACCUCCUAUUCCGAGCAAAACUGGACGCAUACCCCGUCGAGUUCCGUCCACACCAAACCUAGGCCAAGAGAAGUCGCCGAGAUACUCCCGUCGGCGUUCUCUCGACGGAGGGGGAUAA